AUGAGCGCGCCAAACGCAUUCAUAUCCAACGGUACCUGCUAUUACGGCCCUGGCAAAGAAGUGGGCGACUGGUUUCCUUGCGGCAAUGCUGCGCUUGGUGACAAGACAUGCUGCCAGGGCGGCGACAUGUGCCUGUCGAGCCGAGCUUGCUACAACCCGCGCUAUGGAAUUACCUAUCUAGCUGGCUGCAGCGAUCCAGCCUACAAGCAUUCGAGUUGUCCAGAUAAGGGUGCACUGAAAGAUCAGCCUUGGACUGGUCUCGUAUACUGCAAUGGCACAUCAGAACAGUGGAUAGCUUGCAAGCAGUCUGCACGGCCGACAACCCUCACUUCAGCGGACGCCUGCUGGUGUCCUCAAACAUCACGCUCAGUCGCCUUCACCGAUUCCUCGAUUCUCGGGAAUGUCGUACAACUGCCGACGUCGUUGGGAGGCAGUGUGAUUUGGCAACCCGGAUAUGUCCCAGUCCCAACACAACCAAAUACGAGUCCAACCGAGACUUCAACUUCUAUAACUAGUCCUUCGAUAACUAGUUCCGGCCCUAUGCCAUCGGCGACGGAGACGGGUGCGAGUGAAGGUGGCGAUGAUACGGGCAUGACAUCCGGAACCAAGAUCGGCAUCGGUGUCGGCGUCGGAGCGGGAUGCACGGUUUUGCUCGCGGUACUAAUAUUUCUGUUUUUCGCUCGGCGAAAGAUGCAAAAAAAGGAGAUGGCUGAGCUGGCCAACACGAAAUCCGGAGGUCUAAACGACUGGAGGCAAGACCAUACAACACCUGCUGGAACCACCAUUUCAGAGUUCGAUCCCAAUAUAGCAUAUCAAUGGUCAACAAGAUCAGAGUUGGAUGCAACUCCGCGAGGGUCGACGACAGAGAUACCAGAUGGAUACGGCAUCAAGCCGCAAGAGCAGGCUCAAUUAAGCUUAAUUGGAAAGCCACCUAGUACAAGAAAACCGGGCAAGGGCAAGAGGCCGCAAAGCCCAAUUGCGGAGUUGCCGGGGUAG